UCUUUUCUUUUCUUUUCUCGUCUCCGCCGGGCGUCCCGCCUCCUUGUCUCCUCCGUCACUUCUCCGUUCCCGUCGAGCACUGAUCGACGAGUAUACUAUACCGGGCUGCCUGGCUUUGCCUUUUCGUUCAUAUAAUAAUUGAGAAACAGUAACACCGAAAAAGGAUAGAAAAUUGCGCCCUCAGCCAAACCCUCCUUCCAAAUUUCAGACACUCUCUGUUCUCUCUCUCUCUCUCUCUCUCCUUCGCCAUAAUAAUUUUGUUCUUUACACUGCAAUAGUUCAAUAGUUGCCGUCCCGAUACCCAAAAAAGGCAGAAAUAUUUCCCCUUUUUCAAAUUUGAAUCCGGACCCAGAGUUUCCUUUUGUCCAGAAAAGGGUUGCCUUUUUCUUCUUCGGCGGGUGGAGGGAUCAAGUAAAGUUACCGGAAUUUUCCCUGCGGAUUCUCCCCGGGCUUUUUUUUUUUUUUUUUUGCUUGGUGGGUUUUGCUGUCCGUGUCGAAAGAUCAAAAGGGGUUUCGUCGGCGAGGUUUCUGGACUAGGAGGCGGAGGAUUUGGGAGUCGCUCUUUCACAGGUUGUUUGUUCUGGAGGUGUUGGAGGUUACACGGCCGCGAUUGUUUGACCCCCUUUUUCGCGCUGCAGAGGGCUUGAUUAGGGUUGUCUUGCCUGACCAGGUUGUUUUUGUGCAAAACAAUAAAUAUUAAAAAAAGCGGGGAAAGGAGCAAUAGCUAUGGUGGCGAAGGAGCAGCAUGGGGGUACCACAGAUUCUCCUAAAGCAGUAGUGGGCGAAAUUGACACUAGGGCGCCCUUUCAGUCUGUCAAAGACGCUGUCACCCUAUUUGGGGAGGGUGCUUUCUCAGGGGAAAAGCCAGCCAUAAAAAAACCAAAGCCUCAUUCUGCAGAGCGAGUUUAUGCAAAGGAUACACAGCUUCAUGUAGCCCAGAAGGAGUUGAACAAGUUAAAGGAUCAGCUAGACAACGCUGAAACAACCAAGGCUCAAGCAUUAACCGAGCUUGAAAAGGCUAAAAGAACAGUUGAUGAUCUGACCCAAAAACUCAAAACUAUCAACGAAGCAAAAGAGUUGGCACUGAGAGCCACAGAGACUGCAAAAAAUCAAGUGAAGCAAAUUGAAGAAGCAAAUAGUGGACUUAACCAGCCAACUGAUGCUGCUAGGCUUCAGGAUUUAGAGGCUGCAAGGGAACAGUAUUUAACUGUAUUUUCAGAGCUCGAUGUUGCGAAGCAAGAACUUAGGAAACUUCGCCAGCAGUGCGAUGCAUCUUUGGAGGCAAAGCUUGCUGCUAUUACACAAACUGCUGAAGCCGCACAUUCAACCAAAGUAAACGUUGAAAAAGUUGGCGAGCUCUCUAAGGAGAUCUCAUCAAUGCAAGAAUCAAUUGGGCAAGUGAAGCUUGCUUCUCUUCAGUCCCAUGAAGAACAAACCAAAAUAUUUUCUGACAAGGACCUUCAGAAGCAGUCAUACAAGGCUACCCUAGAAGAAUCAGCAAACAAGCUUAUUGCAUUGAAGAAUGAGUUCGAUCCAGAACUUGCACAGAAUCUCGAAAAGCAACUGACCGAAACAAUGAACGAGAUAAGUGGUCUGAGAGAGCAAAUGGACCGUGCAAAGGCCUCAGAUUUGGAUUCUGUUAAAACCGUCACUUCAGAAUUAGAUGGUGCUAAGGAGUCACUGCAGAAAGUAGUGGAAGAAGAAAGCGCUUUGAGAAGUUUACUUGAAUCGCUAAAGCUGGAGCUGGAGAAUGUGAAGAAGCAGCAUCUGGAACUCAAGGAGAAAGAGGCAGAAACAGAAUCCAUUGCUGGAAACUUGCAUGUUAAGCUACGGAAAUGUAAGUUGGAGCUUGAAGCAGCCAUUGCAGAGGAGUCCAAGGCAAGAGGUGCUUCAGAAGAAAUGUUCACCAAUCUCCACCAGUUAUCGGUGGAAUCUGAGAAUGCACGUUGUCAAACUGAAGAGAUGAAGAGCAAAGCUGAGGAGUUGAAGAAGGAAGCUGAAGCAACACGGGUUGAACUAGAAGAAGCUGACAAGAAGCUGAAACUUGCCCUGGAAGAAGCUGAAGAAGCCAAAACAGCAGAGGUAAGGGCUCUUGAUCAGAUCAAAGCACUUUCAGAGAGAACCAAUGCCGCACGUGCCUCGACAUCCGAGUCAGGUGCCAAUAUCACAAUCUCGAGGGACGAGUUUGAGGCCUUGAAACGAAAGGUGAAGGAGUCGGAUGAAUUGGCUGAAAUGAAAGUGGCAGCAGCUGUCGCUCAAGUGGAAGCUGAAAAGGCUAGCGAGAAUGAAGCACUUAAAAGAAUAGAGGCAAUGCAAAAGGAGAUUGAGGAUAUGAACGCUGCAACCCAGGAGGCAUUGAAGAGGGCCGAGAUGGCUGAAGCAGCUAAAAGGGCAGUGGAGGGAGAGCUGAGAAGGUGGCGGGAAAGGGAUCAGAAGAAGGCGGCUGAAACUGCUUCCCGGAUUCUGGCGGAAACUCAGGUGGCAUCUGAAGCAGCAGCAUCCCCUUUUCAUAACAGGAUGCCACCAAAGCCGGUCAUGCAGAAGCAGAACACAUUGCCACCACAAAAGGUGAUGGAGGUCCGGAAGUUGGAAAAGGGCAAGACUUCUGUAUCCAAGAAGGUACUGGUGUCCAAUCUCAGUGGGAUCUUCCAUAGGAAAAAGAACCAAAUUGAAGGCGGUUCUCCUUCUUACUUGCCUGGUGAGAAGCCCGUAUGAGGUCUCCUUCAAUGGUAGAGACCUUUGUUGUGAGUUGUGACUGUGGAUUGGAUGGAGAGAGAUGCUAAUGAGUGUUUUUUUGUUUGUGUGGGGGGUGUACAUUCUUAAAAGUGCAGUAGGAUUCAGGGGGUAUUGGGGGGUAUUGGCCCUUUGGCGGGACGAAGAACAGAUGAAAAACAUGGGGUUUUGCUGUAUAUUUCCCUUUUGUAAGAUUCAUGAUUGGAAAUCCAUGUUUUUAUGGCAUCAGCUUUACUCUCAUGAGUCAUGUUUCUAUUAUUUGUUGAGUGUUCUUCUCUACUGUUUCACAAGUCCGAAU